AUGCGACGAGCAUGCGCUCACCUGCGCUUCGCCAUCUGCGACCGCGGGUCCCGAGCUCCAAGAUCGAUUCCCGCCCGCCACGCGCCGAACAAUCCGAUGGAGACCCGUAGCGGCGAUCGGUCGCUGGGUCUCACGACGGAAGCGAGCGCGAGCAAAGGAGCGCAGAGGGAGGAGGAGGAGGAGGUAGAGGAUGAGAAGAGAUCGGCUCCGGUUCCGCCGCCGCCGCCGCCGCCGGAGGUGCCGUCGCCGGGAGAUUGCUGCGGCAGCGGGUGCGUGAGGUGCGUGUGGGACGUGUAUUGCGAGGAGCUCGAGGCUUACAACAAUGGCCUGCGCAGAGAUGAAGCAUCUGGUUCCGAUUCCAACCCGUCUUGA